AUGGAGAAUAGGAAUUCACUAUCAUUGCUUGAUCCAUCAAACCUCAAUUCCGAUAAUAUUCAAUCUUCACAAUACCAAUUAUAUGCUCGAAUACAGAAACAAAUAAGUAUGCCUGGUAGCUUAAAUAUCAAUGCUCAACUUUCACCAGUGAUGCAUCGAUGUUACAGUGAAGAAUCCACUCAACGACCAUAUGUUUCGUCACUGUUUCGCCCACUUGUGAAGCAGACUUCAGUUGAAUUGAAUCGGCAGGUGAAUGAGCCGAGUAAGGUAAAGCCGAGAAAGGAAAGCCUUAAGUAUGGGACGAUCGCUGAGGAAGACCGUGGGUCGCAGUCCGAUAGUGAAGACGAUGAAAGUGAAUCUAGCACCGAUACAACCCCGUCGUCUAAUGGGAUGUCUUCAUGGUUCAACACGAAACAGUCGGUAACUGUGUGUAUGUUGGCAGUAGCUAACCUUUGCAGUAUGGUCGCUUUCAGUUGUAUUGCACCGUUUUAUCCAGCAGAAGCAAAACAGAAAGGGCUUACGGAGUCUCAGAUUGGAAUUGUUUUCGGUGUCUUUGAACUUCUUGUCUGUAUCGUAUCACUUGUACUGGGAAAAUACAUGAUCUAUAUCGGCUCUAAGCGAAUGUUGAUUGCUGGUUUGUUAAUUACGGGAAUCGCUGCUAUUUUGUUUGGUUUUUUACAAUUUUUACCAUCCGGAAUGGCGUUCUUUUUGGGGUCUAUGUCUAUACGUGUUGUGGAAGCAGUAGGGGAUGCUUGUUUCGUGACUGCAUCUUUCGUGAUUAGUGUCAAAUGUUUUCCGAGACAUAUUUCGACUGUUAUAGGUAUUAUGGAGACAUCUGCAGGAUUCGGUUUUACAGCUGGCCCAAUGAUCGGAGCUGCCUUGUACGACUUGGGCGGUUUUCAGCUACCAUUUAUUGUUCUGGGUGUUUUGUUGAUUUUGGUGGCAAUAUUGUCUUCCUUUUUAAUUAAAAAAUACAAAGGUCUCAACAAACGGUCUGAAAGCGGACGAGGUAUGUUUGGUAUGUUAAAAGUUCCAGUUGUUUGGGUUAUGCUGUUUGCAGUGGUAGUCUGCGCUAUUUCGAUAGCAUUUUUGGACUCAAAUUUAGCUGAACAUCUCUCUACAUUUAAUUUGUCUACAACUAUGAUAGGACUGUUCUUCUUGUUGGAUGGAAGUGUAUAUACAAUUACUGCCCCGAUAUGGGGCUUAAUCUACGAUAAAUGGCGCUGUACCUUCACCAUAAUGAUGUUUGGUGCAGUUUUAUCUCUAGUAUCAAUGCUCCUUGUCGGACCAGCUCCUUUCUUGCAUAUGGAAAAAAAUCUGUUUGUUAUCGCGCUUGCGUUAGUUUCACUCGCUGUUGCUUCUGGCGCUUUGUAUAUACCGACGUUCCAGAAGUGCUUAGAAGCAGUCAAAGAACAUAACUACGAGGAUUCUUUCGAAACUUAUGCAGGUGUUUCUGGAAUCUUCCAGUCCGCUUUCGCAUUUGGGUCUUUUAUCGGUCCAUCUAUUGGUGGUUUAAGUGUUGAGUUGGUUGGAUUUGCGUGGACGAGUGUUGCAGUAGGAAUUCUGUUUUUAGUUUUUGUAAGUCUUUUACUUUUAAUACUUACAGUACUCGAAAUUACGUAA